GCGGCGCGGCGGGGCCGGGCGGACUGCGCGGGGGAUGCGGAGCUGAGCGGGGCUGCGCAGAGUGUUGGUGGCUGCACGGACUGUGCCGGUUCCGCGGGGCUGACGGGGUGUUGUGGCUGCGUGGAUUUUGCCGGUUCUGCGGAGCUGCGCAGGGUGUCGGUGGCUGCGCGGAUUUUGCCGGUUCCGCGGGUGUUGUGGCUGCGCGGGUUUUGCCGGCUGUCGGUGGCUGCGCGGGUGUUGUGGCUGCGCGGAUUUUGCCGGUGGUCGGUGGCUGUCGGUGGCUGCGCGGGGUGUUGUGGCUGCGCGGGUUUUGCCGGCUGUCGGUGGCUGCGCGGACCGUGCCGGCUGCGCGGCGCUGCGCGGGGCUGCGCGGAGCAUGUCGGCGCUGCGGCGCAAGCUGGGCGAUGAGUACCAGGUGGUGAGCACCUCGGCCAGCGGCGGCGGCCUCCCGCCCCCGCGCAGCGCCCCGCGCGGGAAGCGCCAGCGCUUCGUGGACAAGAACGGGCGCUGCAACGUGCAGCACGGCAACCUGGGCGGCGAGACCAGCCGCUACCUGUCCGACCUCUUCACCACGCUGGUGGACCUCAAGUGGCGCUGGAACCUGUUCAUCUUCAUCCUCACCUACACCGUGGCCUGGCUCUUCAUGGCCUCCAUGUGGUGGGUGAUCGCCUACAUGCGCGGGGACCUCAACAAGGCGCACGACGACAGCUACACCCCGUGCGUGGCCAACGUGUACAACUUCCCCUCCGCCUUCCUCUUCUUCAUCGAGACCGAGGCCACCAUCGGCUACGGCUACCGCUACAUCACCGACAAGUGCCCCGAGGGCAUCAUCCUCUUCCUCUUCCAGUCCAUCCUGGGCUCCAUUGUGGACGCCUUCCUGAUCGGCUGCAUGUUCAUCAAGAUGUCUCAGCCCAAGAAGAGGGCGGAGACGCUGAUGUUCAGCGAGCACGCCGCCAUCUCCAUGCGCGACGGAAAGCUCACGCUCAUGUUCCGCGUGGGCAACCUCCGCAACAGCCACAUGGUGUCGGCCCAGAUCCGCUGCAAGCUGCUCAAGUCCCGGCAGACCCCAGAGGGAGAAUUCCUGCCCCUGGACCAGCUGGAGCUGGACGUGGGCUUCAGCACGGGGGCUGACCAGCUCUUCCUGGUGUCCCCCCUGACCAUCUGCCACGUCAUCGACUCCAAGAGCCCCUUCUACGACCUGUCCCAGCGCAGCAUGCACACGGAGCAGUUCGAGAUCGUCGUCAUCCUCGAGGGCAUCGUGGAGACCACGGGGAUGACGUGCCAAGCCAGGACAUCCUACACCGAGGACGAGGUGCUCUGGGGCCACCGCUUCUUCCCAGUGAUCUCCUUGGAGGAAGGGUUCUUCAAGGUGGAUUAUUCCCAGUUCCACGCCACCUUCGAGGUGCCCACCCCUCCCUACAGCGUGAAGGAGCAGGAGGAGAUGCUCCUCAUGUCCUCGCCCCUGAUCCCGCCCGCCGUCAGCAACAGCAAGGAGAGGAACAACUCCGUGGAGUGCCUGGAUGGGCUCGACGAGGUGGGCACAAAGCUGCCCUCAAAACUGCAGAAAAUCACCGGGAGGGACGACUUCCCAAAAAAACUGCUCAGGAUGAGCUCCACCACCUCGGAGAAGGCCUACAGCAUGGGCGACCUGCCCAUGAAACUCCAGCGCAUCAGCUCGGUGCCCGGCAACUCCGAGGAGAAACUGGGCUCUAAGACCACGAAGAUGAUGUCGGAUCCCAUGAGCCAGUCGGUGGCAGAGCUGCCCCCCAAGCUGCAGAAGCUCUCGGGGGGUGGCGGCAGGAUGGAGGGCAACCUCCCGCCCAAACUGCGCAAAAUGAAUUCCGACCGCUUCACAUAACACGGCU